UAUUGUUUUACAUAACUUGCUUUAUAGUGAGGAGACUUACUACACGGAGUAUCCCGAUUCAAAAAAUGAGGAUGGAUUAAGGGUCCUACAUCAGGUAAAGUAUUUUUCAUUGAAUAGAAUUUUUAAAAAAUUUGGCAAGUUGCAGUAGCGAUUCUGGAACGAUCUUGGCUCAAGAUGAUGGUUCACUGGAUAUUUGGAAGACGUGGGGAUGCAAUACCCUUGUCAAUGACAAUACCUCCAUAUUCAAGGGCAGCAAUAUUGUUGUGCUUGCUGUCAAGCCAAACUUAUUCCCUGAUGUUGUUAGGGAUUUGAACAAAUGUAAUGGACCAGAAAAUCAGUUAGUGUUGUCUGUAAUGGACGGGAUCACUAUUGAAGAGCUUGAAAAGGGGAUUUUUUCACAAGUGGCUAAUCUUAAGGCCAUAAUUCGUGUGAUGCCCAAUACUCCUGCUUUGGUGGGUGUUGUGUACUGUCUCAAGGAGCAUGCAUCUUCCAAGCAUGCUGAUGCAACCAUCAAAAUCUUAGCAACUGUGGGAAUUUGUUGUCAGGUGACCAAGUGUCACAUGGAUGCUUAUUCUGGAUUGUGCUUGAGCGCGCCAGCAUAUGUAAGUGGACAUACCGCGCAAACGGCUUAUGGAUCGGCCAAAAUGGUUCUCGAUACCAAGCGUCAUCCUGGAUCGUUGAGAGAUGACGUGUGCUCGCCUGGAGGGACUACUAUUCCUGGCGUCCAUGCCCUUGAGAAGGCAGGAUUCAGGAACGUCGAGCCAUGGAUCUUCUCAAAGCGCUUAUCUAAAGAUACCAAAUUAUUUCGUCUAUACUGAUCUUUUUCUUCCUCCAUGUCUAGGGGUGCAUUGAUCGAUGCCGUCGAGGCGGGGACCAAACGGGCUCAAGAACAAAGCGUUCACAAAUAAGAGGAUCCAUGAUCUGACCACAGCUGUUGCUUCCACCUAGUGAUUGUUAAGCUUUCAAAAUGAUUAUAA